AUUCGGUGAUGGCAUCGGGUGUCUAAACAUAUAUAAAUGAAAAUAUAACGCAGACAUCUGUUAUAGUCCUGUCGAGUACAAUGAAGGCUUCUCUGUUGCUUGUUGCUGCACUGCUAGCAGUGGCGGAGGUCCACGGACAACCAGAAGAGUCGACCACCGCCAGCAUCGGAAAUGAGGAACUAAGCAUCGGCAAUAUCACGGCUGAGAGUAGAUUUCUGGGGAGGUCGUCUUACACAGAAGAUGACGAUGAUACCAUUUGUGUCGCAGCAGACAACAAGUUCUACUUGUAUGCUAAUUCGCUGAAGCUGUAUUCUUGCUACAACCAGUUACCGAAAGUGUACGUGGUGAAACCAAAGAGUCAGUGCAAACCAUACCUGUCAGAUUGUCCCAGGAACUAGGAGUAUUGCAAGUCCGUUGGCUCAGCUUGAAUCGUCUGCGAGGGAGUGAAGACAAAAAUGGCUGGCCUGCCCACUGAAGACAUCUGCUGUUUACAGAAGAGCCAAGAAACUGCAAGAGCGUCAGAUCUUUCUGAUUAUUUUACGACAUGCUGUAUAUCUCAUUACUGUAAAGAUUAUUGUUAAAACAUCACAUUUGUAUUCUUUUCAUCUUUGUGUUGUUUCGGUAAUAGUUGUAUGCUGACGCAAUAUAAGUGCAGUUUCAUAGCGCCAA